AUGGGGCACUCCAACAUGUGGAAUUCUCACCCUAAGAACUACGGCCCUGGCUCCCACGCCUGGUACAGAAUAUCGCUUCUUCUCUUCCAACCUUACGGCCUCAUGUGUUGUAGGCAAUGCUUUCGCAGCAACGCCAAGGAAAUUGGCUUCAUUAAGAGAACACGGUGGAACAUGUCUUAUGGCAUUAUGGUUGUUGCGGUUUACCAUCGGUUGCUCGUCUAUGGAGGAGAGGCUCAUAGUGUGGUGGGUGUUGCUCGAUUUUGGUUUCUCACAUUGUGUUUCUUUCAUUUGGAAGCAUGA